AUGACUCUUAAGGUACGAAAUUUGUGUAAUGGAUGCGAACUCGCAUGCUCAGGAGAAGCCAAGACUCAAGACAUUGAAGAAACUUCCAUUAGUCAACCAAAGUUUGAGUUUUCACCUAUAUUUCAGCCCACAGACCCGAAACAUGAGGAUUAUGAGUAUUACAAGAUCCCUGACAGUAAGAAAUUUGUGGAGGAAAUAGAGAUGAUGGGCCGCAGGGUACUCCAGGUUGAUCCAGAGGCGCUCACAGAGCUAGCGUACAGAGCAUACACCGAUAUCCAUUAUUUCUUUCGUAAGGAUCACCUGCAAGGUUGGCACAACAUCCUUGACGACCCUCAGUCCUCUGAUAAUGAGCACUUUGUCGCGGAAACAUUGUUGAAGAACGCGUGUGUGGCCUCCGCGAUGGUACUGCCCUCCUGCCAGGACACCGGCACCGCGAUCGUUCUUGGCAAGCGCGGUGAGCUCUGCUGGACAGGAGGCGAAGAUGAAAAGUACCUUUCCAAAGGCAUCUUCGACGCAUACACCAAGCGCAGCCUGCGCUACAGCCAGGUCGCGGCCUUGGAUAUGUUCAAGGAGUGCAAUACUGACAACAACCUGCCCGCGCAGUUUGAUCUGCUCGCGGUGCCUGGUAAUGCGUACGAGUUCCUCUUCAUCGCCAAAGGCGGCGGCUCGGCAAACAAGUCUUUCCUUUUUCAGCAGACCAAGGCGCUACUGAACCCCAAGUCAUUACGGACAUUCAUAGAGGAAAAGCUCAAGACCCUCGGCACGGCUGCAUGCCCGCCUUAUCAUUUAGCCCUUGUGAUUGGCGGAACAAGCGCCGAGAUGACAAUGAAGACGGUCAAGCUUGCGAGCUGCCGCUACCAUGAUAGUUUGCCCACAACAGGCAGCAAGGAUGGCCGUGCCUUCCGUGACCUGGAGUGGGAAAAGAUCCUCUUAGAUAUUGCGUCGAAUUCCGGGAUUGGGGCGCAGUUUGGCGGCAAAUACUUUGCCUCGCAGGCGCGGGUGAUUCGUUUGCCACGGCACGGCGCAUCCUGCCCCGUGGGGCUAGGGGUUUCUUGCAGCGCCGACCGCCAGAUUUUAGCCCAUAUCAACAAGGACGGCAUCUUCCUGGAGAAACUCGUGCGUGACCCUACCCCUUACCUGCUAUCGAUCUCCUCGCCGAACAACAUCAGCGCGGUUGAGGUCGAUCUCAACCAGUCCAUGGCCGAUAUCCGGUCUCUGCUAAGUCAAUAUCCUGUCGGUACGCGUGUUAUCCUCUCCGGUACGCUCGUCGUCGCUCGUGAUAUUGCCCAUGCGAAGAUUAAUGAGAUGCUCCAGAGCGGGGAGCCGAUGCCGGAUUACAUGCGUACAUCCCCCAUUUAUUAUGCUGGGCCUGCGAAGACGCCGGAGGGCUACGCCAGCGGGUCUUUCGGACCCACAACCGCCGGCCGUAUGGAUUCCUAUGUGGAUUUAUUUAUGUCCAAAGGUGGCAGCUUCGUGACGUUGGCAAAAGGAAACCGUGGUAAGGAGGUAACAAAUGCGUGCAAAAAGCAUGGUGGCUUCUACCUGGGCAGCAUUGGUGGGCCAGCGGCGAUAUUAGCGAAGGAAAACAUAACCAAGGUCGAUUGUAUUGCAUUUCCAGAGCUUGGUAUGGAAGCGGUUUGGCGCAUCGAGGUGAGGAACUUCCCCGCGUUUAUUGUUGUUGAUGACAAGGGCAAUGAUUUCUACAGUGGUUUGCUUUAG